AUGAAACUAGAGGUUACGAACGACGACUGUGAACCGGGAUCCAUCAACACGCGAGCUAUCUCGCAGGAGCCGUCACGUCGCCUCAUUCGAACCACGGCAGUGGACAACAAAAGUGUUCCCGAGCUCGCACACACAGAGCCUUUAAGGGACACCACAGCCUGUUCUCCGCUGGCAUUCACACACUCGUCAGACACUCGCCGACCACCACGACAAAGACCUUCUAUAGCGUCUGACGCUUUAUCAGCAGUAACAGGUGCAUUAACAUCCAUAGCGUUGUAUGACGAUCAACAGUGUGUACCGCGACUUUUAUGUGAAGCAGCAGGUGGAGGAGCUUUGGGCAGCUCGGGAAUCUUACAGACGCUGUCGGGAAUACAGCCAUUGUUAACACUUUUGUCGGCUUAUAAUGGUAUAAGUUCGAAUCCACUUUUUGUAUUUGGACGGGCCGUUUUUCUGGGGAUGUCAUCGAACGGUAACACGGCCUCCUGUCGUUACGCGUACCCCUUAUGCCCUACUGAUCCGGAACAACUCGUCUAUUAUCUAAAUAACCAUAAUGGAGGUUUCUUCAGGUUCUUUAACUCACCUCAGCAAGGACAGCAGAAUGUUGAACAGUUUUAUAACCAACUUACGCAGAACUAUGGUCUCUAUCAACAAGGUCAACCGCAAAAUUAUGGAUUUUAUAAUCCUAACCCUGCUCAAAAUUAUGGUUUCCAUAAACCUAAUCCUUAUCAAGGUGAUAAACAAGGUCUUCAACAGAAUUACGGUUUGGCUUUUCCUUAUGGAGAUAAUAAUAUUCGAUUUAAAAACUCUUAUAAUCUUGAAAUCUCAAAAGGCACAGAUAAAGUCCAACGACGUAUACAAAAUAACCCAAUAUCACAAGACUUUGUUUAUUCUGGAGAUUUUAAUACGAAAUGGAUGUUUCCGGAAACUGUUGAAAAUAGUAACACGUACUAUGUUAAUAAUGAUCUAUAUAAAUAUAAAGAUUUUUAUGAAAACAAUGUUAAUUCCGGUAGAGAUGUUAAUGUGUUAAAAUUUCCUGAUAGUAAUCAAGACAGUGUAACGGAAAUACAAGGUUAUGAUAGAAAAAUAAGAGGCUUUAAAUUUCCUGAAAGCAACAGUAACACUCAUUAUAAUGAUUAUAAUUAUGUAAAAUCAAAUGAAGCUUACAAUGAUAAAUUUACAUAUAAUAAUAAAUAUUAUGGAAAUAAGUAUGUCUAUAAAGGAAAUAAUAAUGCUGAUGAUUUAAGAGGAGUUAGGACAGUUUAUAUAGUUAGAGGUAACGGUGAUCCGAGUAAUCCCGAAAUAAUUAAACUAAGGCCAGGUGAAACAAUACAAUAA